AUGCCUCCAUUUACUCCAGAUGCGCGUAAUUUAGGUGGUAGGAAUUUAAUAUCUUAACAAAUUUGGAAUCAUUUACAAUAACUGAAGGAAAUAUCAUAACAAAUACCUCAACUUUUGAUUUCACCACGCAAAGUUCCCAAUUCACCUAAACAAAGUAUCGAACCUUUAAAUUGCAAGAGAAUGAAUCGGAAACAAGACUAUCUACUCUGUCCAACUUACUUGUUUAGACGGAAAACGGUUUCUGAAAGUUUCACAUCAUUGAGUCCAAAACAUAUUCAAGAUGAAACACAAUUGCUGUUCUAAGAACCUCUUUUGAGAAGACAGAAGAAUUUGAAAUCUCCUCAGAAGAUCUUCCCGUUCAGCACCAUUCAAUUGGGAGCAUUGUACAGAGUCAAGGCUAAUGAAAUCAAGAUCAAUAAAAAUCAGGAUCUCAUGUAAGAUUGUCUGUAAUAAAAGAUAAUGGAAUGA